GCUCUAGCGCCGCGAUGGCUGAUGGGAAAAAUCGCCAUAUUGUGAGGCCACCUGUUCUGAAGCGCCGACGAAGUUUUAGUCAUGGGAAGAACCUGCUGUGUUGUUGGAUGUAAUGUCCGUUCACACGAUCGACGUGGGAGAAAAAUAGACAACGGUCUUUCUUUUUAUUGUUUUCCGGCCUGGAAACAAAAUGAAGGAAGUUAUGUGUCUGAUGUAACAAAGUGGAGACGGAUGGCCUGGAUAUUCGCCAUAAGACGUAUGGACAUACAUUUCGCAGACAUCCCAGUAUCAUUUAAAGUGUGUUCCAGGCAUUUUCAUUCAGGUAAACCAGCAUAUGAGAUGGACGAUUCUCAUCCAGACCGGGCUCCAACCCUGCACCUGGGUCACUCUGAAGUCACGGCCACAGUGUCAGACCAGCAUGGCCGCAGACAACAUAGACACCGCUUGAGAGAAUCUGAGGGAGGAGGCCAAAGUGAACAAAACAACAUGAAUGAAGAUGAGAGAGAUGGAGUCCUAGAACAUGCAGAAGCUGCAGAAGAAGAGGAAUAUGUGGAUCAAGCAGAGGCAGGAGCUGUGGAAGAGGAGGAAUAUAGUGAACAGACAGAAACAGACCAACCAGCAGCUAAGAGACUUAGAGUAGAAUGCCAGUUCUGUGAGCAAAGCAGUGCAGAACUAACCCGUGUUUUGCAGGAAAAUAGGGAGCUUAGGUCUGAGUUGAACAAGUUAAAGAUGGAUGAAGAAUUUUUCAGAGAUAAUACAGAGAAGGUACGAUAUUAUACAGGGCUUCCAUAUUUUGCAAUUUUGUUGUCAAUGUUUGCUACUGUUAAGCCCUUCCUGCCAGUUUCAAAGAAGCUGUCACAAUUUCAAAUGGUUUUACUUGCACUCAUUCGUCUAAGGCUCAAUCUUCCAAUCCAGUAUCUUUCACACAUAUUUAAUGUGUCACGUAGAACUCUUUCUGCUACCUUUGCCGACACCAUCGAUGUGCUGUAUGCACGCCUUUCUCCCUAGUUGUACUGGCCUGAGAGACACUGUUUACAAGCCACAAUGCCACAUCAAUUUUUGGAAGCUUUUGGAAAGUGUGUUGCGAUUAUUCUCGACUGU